UACGAGUUUAGCCGAGUUGCGAUCCAUGGUAUCAGUCAAUCCUUAACUCUCGAGGGUGCCGGUCGUGUGACAUGUCCUGAACGCUCUGCACUCCGGCCCUUUUUUUAUACUUAUCGGGACUGUACCUACGCCGCCCCAUAUAACAAGGACUAUAUAUAAGUAGUGCUUCGUACCUAGACGUCAUCUCCGUCGAUCGUCAACAGCUGAGGUGCUCGCGAUACCGAGGCAUCAUCCUGUGUUGUUCCAACCACCGUUUAGGUGCUAAAACAUUGUUUGUGAGGAGUUUUAAUCGUCGCUGUUCGUAUGGUGAUGUCAGAGCAAGGUGGGUUGGCCAUGCACCAACUACCAAUGCACCAUCGCGGCCUGGUGCAGCCAAGUUUGGUUAUGAACCCUCAUCCACUAAAUGACUCCUGUUCUAUGGACUCGCACAACAAGAAGCCGAGGAGAUUGAGUCAUUGCGUCGGAUGCGGGGGUCAGAUCCAUGACCAGUACAUCCUGCGAGUCGCACCGGACCUGGAGUGGCACGCGGCCUGUCUGAAGUGUCAGGAGUGUCAAAUGUUUCUCGACGAGUCUUGCACCUGCUUCGUGCGCGACGGCAAGACCUACUGCAAAGGGGAUUACGUAAGGCUGUUCGGAACAAAGUGCGACAAGUGCGGUUCGUCGUUUAGCAAAACCGAUUUUGUGAUGCGGGCAAAGAGCAAAAUAUACCACGUGGAGUGCUUCAGAUGUUGUGCGUGUGCGAGACCUCUGCUACCUGGAGAUGAGUUUGCGCUUCGAGACGGAGGCACCCUCUACUGCAAGGAGGACCACGACGUUAUGGAUAAGAGUUCCGCCCCGACGACGCCCCAUCCAGGAACGGAGAGCAACAAUAACACCAGCCUGAGCAACAACAACCACAGCAACAACAGCACCGAACUGGGAUGCAUGUCCGCUGCUGCCGUUGUCUGGAUGUCAGAUUCGGGAUCGGAAAGCGGAUCGCACAAAGGCGGUGGCCACCGGAAAUCCGGAAGUGCAGCAGGAGGCGACGGGAAACCGACUCGGGUACGGACCGUUCUCAACGAGAAGCAGCUACACACGCUUAGGACUUGCUACGCGGCAAACCCUAGACCUGACGCCCUGAUGAAGGAGCAACUCGUCGAGAUGACGGGUCUUUCGCCGCGCGUCAUCCGCGUUUGGUUCCAGAACAAACGGUGUAAAGACAAGAAGAAGACCAUCUUAAUGAAGCAGCAGAUGCAACAGGAAAAGUUUUUUGUGCAGGAUGGCCGUAAAUUGGGUUACGGCGCGAUGCAAGGAAUCCCAAUGGUAGCAUCUUCGCCAGUCCGCCACGAUUCGCCCUUGGGAGUUCAUCCCCUUGAGGUGCAAGCCUACCAACCACCAUGGAAGGCGCUCUCCGAUUACGCCUUACACGCAGACCUCGAUCAACCCCAUGCACCUGCUUUCCAGCAAUUAGUCAACCAGAUGCAUGGGUACGAUUUGCCGCCGCCUAACAUGGGUCCAGUCCCGGGUCCACCACCAGGAAUGAUGCAGACAUCGGCACCAACAUCGGACGCAAUGACCCAUCCAGACAGCACCGACAGUUACGUGACUUAUCUCGAGAGCGAUGACAGCCUUCCUGCUAGCCCCUAACAAAUUUGAAACUCGUCGAUAAUACAUAGUAAAAGUGCAAGAACUCUAAGAAGUACAGCAUUCAACAGGGAACAAAGAAUCUGCAGCUGUUUCCACGAAAACGUAUUUUCCUUUUACUCGUUUCCUCGAUGCAAUAAUUUGAGUUGAGCCUCAGCUAAGAAAUGAAGACGGAAAUUGGGAUGGACAAUUGCAGAGAUUCGGAAGGAAAGAUCUGAGAGACUUGCGUUCGACUUGAAUUAAUCAAAAUAUUUUGAAAACGUGAUUAUUUU